AUGGAAGCCUAUGUUUGGGAUAGAGAUUCACAUGGACUAUACGAUUAUGAGAGUAUGCUUGUGAGAUCUGAGAUGAUGGUGAAGGCAUUAGCUCCUAGUAUUGAAAUAUCUGAAAAAGACCAAAGUCUAGCCUCAGUAGUGUUCAAAUAAUAGCAAUACUGGCUUUAUCACUGCAAAUCAUUGAAGGAUGACUCAUUUAAAAACCACGCAGAACAUGUUUGGAGGAUAGUUAAAUUCGCUACACACUAAGGAAAGCAAAAUCAAUUCAGAGUCAAAUAAGGUGAUCUUAUGAAGUUCGGUAGAGUGAGAUUUUUCAUAAAGAAGCUCGUUAUUGACACAGAUGAUAUUGUUGAAAGUGCUGCAGAUGAGAUUAAUGACAUGUAGAGCUUUACCAAUAAACCGCAUAGGACCUAAUUAGACGGGACAUAAAAUCGGAUACCAACGACCUUAGAAUGCGAUAACUAUAGUUAGCUUUAAAUAAAUCAGCAUAACAUGAAUACUGAUCCAGAAACAAGGAUGACAAUGAAUUUCAAUAGAGAGACACCGGGAUUCGAUAAUAGACCUUUUGAACUAGAAUAAAUAUAAUCAAUUAAGCAGCAUGAGAUUUGCUUAUCAGAGGAAGAAGAUAAAUCAAAGCUUAGUAAUCCACUUAUAAAUCCAUGCUCUUGCACGGGUUCUAUGAAAUUCAUACAUUUGAUGUGCUUGAAAGAAUGGCUUGAAGGCAAGAAACAUAUGAAAGAAACGACUAUAGUAAAUUCUUACAUCUGGAAAAAUCUUGAAUGUGAGAUAUGCAAAACAUAGUAUCAAGAAAGUACAACUUUAAAUGAUGGGAGAGUAGUUAGUUUAUUACAGUAUGAUAUUCAUGAGGAUGCAAAGAGUUACAUGAUAAUUGAGAGCGUAACUAACACUACUUCAAAGACAAUCCACGUUAUUAAUUUUAGCGAAAAAAGGAAAAUCAAAGUGGUAAGGAUACUUAAGUUCAUAUAUUAGGGAAGAGGACAAAAUGCUGAGGUAAGAAUUACAGAUAUUAGUGUCAGCAGAAUUCAUUCAAUUAUGAGAAUGAAUAAAGCAGGUGAGAUAUAUCUUGAAGAUAAUGAAUCUAAGUUCGGGACUCUGGCUCUGCUUCGUGAAAUUACUCCCUUAAAGAUAAAUUUACCUUUAUUCUUACAAAUCGGAAGAGUUGUGAUGGGUGUAUAUGCUGUAAAUCGCUUUUCAUGCCUUUAAAGAUGCCUUGGAUUAUCUAAUAAUAAAAAAGAUAAAUACUUGUCGUUUGAAGAAUUUUAGAAAUUUAUACCAUCAGAAUUCACUGAGUUGUUUGAAGAUGUAAAAGCUAAAAAUGGCAAAUAGCUUAAUCAAUCAAGAAUUAUAGAUUAGGAGACUAACUAAAAUACUUCGUUCGCAUUGAAUAACUAAUAUAGCAAUGCCGUUUAUUAAUCUAAUCAUGCUAUAAGCAAUCACACUAAUUUCUAGGAUAAUCCCUAUUCAAAUUCAACGAUUCAUAACUAGAAUCAAAUACAUAUCAGAAGUUAAUUUGAUAGAUAUCGAAAUGAUGAAAGGUAGGUUUCAGUAGCUAUAGAAUUCCAAACUCAGCCUGAUGCCUAGUAAAGCUCAGCAUUACAAAGAAAUCAAGUUAAUAAUAAUUAAGUCUCAGAUAUAUAAAAUUAAAGAAUGACUAAUGUAAAUAGAAUGAAUAGUUCUGAAAUGUCCUAGCUAAGAGAGGAUAAUAGUUCUGGAAUUAAUAUUCCACUUUCCUUUAGUCAAAUAUCUAAUAAUAGACAAAGAGGACUAGAAAGAUUAGAAGAGCUAAAAGAAGAAGACCGUGCAAACUCGCCAUAUGUCGACCCAAGAAUAUAAGAAAAGAGCAGGUCAGUUAUUAACUCAGUCAGAUAAAGUUACUAGUAAUUAGAUAGAAAUAAUGUUAGAGCUUCAUUGAAAAAUCAGCUGAAUGUGAAAUAAAUUGAAAUGGAGGACAGAUAGUAAUCACAUAAUACAAGUUAAAUAAAUAGUGCUAGGUUACUCCGAGAUGAUACAGUGUCGAAUAUCAAUACAUUAAGAGAGGCUUAGCCUCAUUUUAAUAACGAUAGCCGAAUAAACAUUGCUUAGAGCGUUCUUGAUAGUGACUAGGAUAUGAAUCUGAUUUAGGAGAACAUGAGUCGCUUAGGUCAAUAGAUAAGCAAAGCUAGAGUGAAUUAUAAUAACAGGGUAGCUCCAUAUUAGGAAGUGCAGAUUAAUGAAGUGAUACAGAACCACUCAAUUUUUAAUACAAGUCGAAUUGUUGGAUAGGAAAUGGUAGAUGAAUAAGAUAAUGAGGACUAAGCUUCGGCAUAGUUUAAUGAACAAUAUGUUGAGUAGUUUUAAAUAGAAGAGAGCUAGCGUUAAGACAUUCUAUAAAUUGAAAAUUCUGACGAGGAGGAAAAAAAUGACGUUAGAAUAUUUAGCUAAAUGAUGUCGCCCUAAAAUGUUGAAGUUGUGAGGACUGGCAAUUAAUUGACAACAGCAGCUUUAGAAAAUGAUCAUGAAACUUAGUUAUUAACCUAUAAUGGAAUGAAUACAAGUAUUGGAGGGACUUAGACUAUUAUUGGAAAUCAAACUUUGCAAUAAGAAGGGAAUUCAGUAUAAUUUGGAAAAUCACAGAGAUUUUAAUCUAAUUAACUUCUUAAAAAUAGCUCAAAACCUUCUGAAAAAUCUGAGAAAAAUGUCCAAUGA